AUGGCAGAACUACUUAAGAAUCCACAUACUUUGGAGAAAGAGCAAGAAGAACUUGCACAAGUAAUUUGUAGAGGCAAACUAAUAGAUGAAGUUGAUCUUGCACAACUACCUUACUUGCUAUGCAUCGUGAAAGAAACCUUACGAAUACAUCCUCCAGGUCAUUUCUUACUUCCACGCAAAGUGGAGGAAGAUAUUGAGCUUUGUGGCUAUAUAGUCCCAAAAGACACUCAAGUUCUUGUGAAUGUAUCGGCAAUUGGACGCGAUGCUGGUCUAUGGGAAGACCCGUUGAUCUUUAAGCUAGAGAGGUUUUGGGAUUCAGAAAUGGAUGUUAGAGGUGGGGAUUUUGAGCUCAUUCCGUUUGGUGCUAGUCAAAGAAUUUGUCUUGGAUUGCCUUUGGCUAUUAGGAUGGUUCCAGUAGUACUAGGUUCAUCGCUAAAUACCUUUAAUUGGAAGCUACAUCGUGGAAUUGUACCUAAGGAUUUGGACAUGGAGGAAAAAUUAGUCUUACCUUGGCAAAAGCUCAACCUCUACUAG